AUAAACUGCUUCUGCGUCAAUUCAAGGUCAAAAAUACCGGCUUCUAGAAGGAAUUUUUUUAGUUGCCGUUUGCCGCCAUUCAAUUGUCAUUUUCCGCUUGCAUUUGUUGCUGUCAGCUGCUCCAUCAGCUCUUGAAAUUCCUGAAUCUUUAAAAUAUCCAACAUGACUCCACCACUACAAAAACCUGCACCAUCUUUCAGCGGUACCGCUGUAAUUAAAGGCGACUUCAAAGACAUCAAAUUGGAAGACUUCAAAGGCCAAUAUGUAGUAUUAUUCUUCUACCCUCUCGAUUUCACUUUUGUCUGCCCAACUGAAAUCAUCGCCUUCUCCGACAGAGCUGAAGAAUUCAAGAAGAUUAACACUGCAGUUAUUGGAGUGUCCACUGACAGUCAUUUCUCCCAUUUGGCAUGGAUCAACACCCCCCGUAAACAGGGAGGUUUGGGUGAAAUGCAAAUCCCCCUUUUGGCCGACAAGAGUAUGGCCAUUGCUAAAGCUUACGGAGUUUUAGAUGAAUCGAGCGGUAUCGCUUUUCGUGGAUUGUUCAUCAUCGAUCCAAAGGGAACCCUUCGUCAGGUCACUGUCAACGACUUGCCAGUAGGUCGUUCGGUUGACGAGACCCUCCGUUUGGUUCAAGCCUUCCAAUUCACUGAUGAACACGGUGAGGUGUGUCCAGCCGGCUGGACUCCAGGCAAGAAAACCAUCAAACCAACAGUGGACAAGAGCAAGGAAUACUUCAACACCGCCAACUAAGUUGGGCUCAUGUCCCAGAACACUUUUUUUUACGUACUCCAUAUUUUAUUUACUUCCAAAAUUUGUUUUCCUUUUAGUGUAACUGUUUUGUGUUUUUGAUGUUCUUUUGGUUAUUCAUUAUACAACUUAAUAUUAAGAAUAAAUAUUGUUAACAAAUGUAAUAAAACAUUGUGUAUGAU